UUAAUAAGAGGAAUCCCUCGGUCUGUUCGAGUUCGGUGUAGAAUAAAAAGAAACAGCAUGGCAAUGCUAUAUGCCGGGUAUAGACUAAUAAUUAAUAUCUAAGGCUAAAUAUAUAUUGCCCUGUUGGUAGAUAAUUAAAACAACGAGUUUGCUGUUUUUUUUGUUGGUUAAACUAUGUUACUGCAUUUCAGUUAAUAUUUGCAUUUCAACAUGUCAUCCAUCGAAACUCAAAAUCAGGAAAAGAAAACCUGCUUAAGUAAGCCAAAUGGAGAAAGUGGAACCGCUAAUACCUCGGUCACUUCUGCGUGCUCGGUGAAAGUUCCAGUAGAAUCCUCUGCCCACGUCCAUGACCAUGGUCAAACAAAGCCGCAAAAUGCUGCCAAUUCCACCGACCAGCCCCUGUUAGUGACUCACGCUGUUACCACCUCCACCGUGGCCAUCUCACCUGUUCUGGCAAGCACUCAACCUAUUACCACAGCCGUAAACCCGACCUUAAGUAACACGGCUACAAAGUUGGUGAUUACAACCAAGGGACCAAGACCAAUUUCUCCUUUGCUCGUGGGGUCGAGAGUGAGCUCUCCAGUAGUGACGGUGAGCGCACAACCGGUACUGGCCCGCAUGAACCCGAGUAAAAUCAUAGCUGUGCCGAGAGCAACUUCCAUUCAGCAACCAGCUGCAACCAUCAAACCCCCACAGGCCACGUCUGUUCAGCUUCCAGCCAACUUUCAAAUCCCGCCAGGCAUGGUGCUCAUUCGUAGUGACAGUGGUCAGCUGAUGCUCGUGUCCCAACAAGCCUUAGCUCAAGCCCAGGGCCUUGUGGCCAGAAGUGCUGGCAUCGGGGCUGCUCCUAUCACCAGGCCACCUGCUACACAGGUGUCCACGGCAGCUGUUGUGAGAAAAGCAGAUAAUCCAGCGGUGAUCAGGAUGCUCCCACCUCCUAUCCCCCUUGAGACCACAGCCCAAAGAACUAUUAAGGCGGUAGGUGUUGCUCCGACCCCUUCAACCAGCCAGAGCCUGACCCCUCAGCCUGUGAUUCGCCCAGUAGUUCCAGUCACCUGUCCUGGACCCAGUUCUCUCAUCAUACCAAACAAACUUACCAACACUCCCAAGGCCACAACCCCCAGCAUCACACCUGAGGUCCUGGAGAACGUGAAGAAGUGUAAGAACUUCUUGGUGACGUUGAUCAAGCUGGCCUCUAGUGGAACCCACUCUUUUGACAUGGCAAAAAAUGUCAGAGAGCUUGUCAAGAGCCUGCUGGAUGGGAGACUUGAGCCUGAGGAGUUUACUGACCAGCUGUACCGGGAGCUCAAGUCCUCUCCUCAGCCAUACCUGGUGCCUUUCCUCAAGAAAAGUCUUCCAGUUUUGAGGCAGCUCACACCCAACCCACAGCUCUUCAUCCAGGAGGUCUACCAAUCCAAGGCUUCUGGCCGCACCCCUGCCCUCCUUUCCACCAAUGCCAGGCCUGCCCACCUCAACACUGCCAGUGGCCAACCAAUGAAGUCUACUGCUCUGGUGAUUCAGCAGCCUGGAGGUGUGGUGUGUAAACCUACUGUGACAUCUUCUGGCCCAGCCCGUACAUACGUGUCUGUUCAGAACCGGAGCCUAGCCAAACCGAUGGUCCUACAGUCAGGACAGCACCAGAACACAGUUCCAUUAGGUGCUGUUGUCAGACGGACUCCUUUCCAGGUCCCACCCCCUCCAGCCCAGAGACACCUGUUCAAGGAAAGUGUUAGUUCCUUCAGAGAGGAGGAUGACAUAAACGACGUCGCCUCCAUGGCUGGGGUCAACCUGACGGAGGAGAAUGCCCGUAUCCUAGCAACCAACUCUGAACUAGUGGGUUCUGUGGUGCAGUCCUGUUGUGAUGAACCCUUCCUGGCCCCAGGCCCACUUCAUACAUGCAUCCUCCAUACCGGUAAGGCAUUGGGAAUGUCCGAAGUUGGGUCAGAUGUGGUCAAUCUGGUGUCUCAGGCCACCCAGGAGCGACUCCGAGACCUGCUUGAGAAAGUCACUGUCGUGGCUCGGCAUCGCCAGCUAGCCCUAAAGGAGGACUUCCGUCACGUUCAGAUCAGUGAUGUUCGUUCCCAGCUCCGCUUCCUGGAAGAGCUGGAGCGUCUAGAGAAACAGAGAAGAGACAAUGAUGAGAGGGAGGCACUGCUCCGCAUCGCCAGGAGUCGUUGUAAUGCUGAGGACCCCGAUCAGCAGCUGCUGAAACAACGUGCCAGAGAGUUACAGCAGUUGGAACAAGCUCAGUUAGAGCACAGAGAAGCCAACCUCACCGCCCUUGCUGCCAUCGGACCACGCAAGAAAAGACCCCUGGACUCAGCUGGAAGUCAGGUGGUUCCUGGUGGUACCGUGCCUGUACCGCGGGUUUCGUUUCAGCGGGUGACCCGGGUCUCUCUGAGGGACCUUCUGUUCUGCCUGGAGCAAGACCCUCCUCUGCGACACUCUCUGGUGCUCUACAAGGCCCUGCUUAGUUAACAAACACACAAACAAGAUGUGGUUCAAUGCCUGAGAACCUCCCACUAUUUUGUGCUGGAUUCCGUGUGCCUUUCCAUUCUCUGCAGUCAGUCACCCACCUCUGCUGGUAUUUACAUGCUGACAGAUUCAGGCUAGCAGGAUAACAAGUGAUCUUCGACCCUUAGUGGGAUUCAAUGGGUUGUUGAUGUCAGUUUACUGUGUUCUUUAUUUCCCCUUCUUGUUUUUGCUGUGGUUUCAUUUCAAUCCCAAACUGAUCUCUAUUUCAGCCAUUCUUAUCUCAGAUUUUUGGCCUGAUGUAAACCUGUGAUUAA